AUGGAAGGGGCAAACUUGCCUGAGAGGGUAACCGAGGAAGGAGCCUGGGUGGUAGAUACCCAUUUUCACCUUGAUCGCCUGACCAGGGAAUUGGGGCUCUCUAUCACCGCCUCAUUUGGGGAUAUUAUUAGGGGCGUGGGACAGGUGCCCGCAAGUCAACUGGUUGGGAUUAAAGGUGCGGUCACUUCCUUCUGCGAUCCCCAGUUCUUCCCCUCGCUUAUGAGGGUGGAAGAUCUGAUGUCCAGGGAGAUGUACAAAACAGUGGGGGUACACCCAAAAUCUGUAAACUUGCUGACCAGGCAUGAGCGGGAACUUAAGUUCCAGCUCUGGGACUCCCGUCGCCUGGUGGUUUAUGGGGAGUUGGGCCUAGAUAGGACCACUCACCCUUAUGAGUGGGUGGCUCAGGAGUUCCUUCACGAGUUACUGCGAUGGGUACCUCCUGAGGGGGUUUUAGUCCUUCAUGCCCGGGGUGUCCCCCGGGAUAGGCUCAACAUGGAGCCGACCCUGAGGCUCCUGUCACUGUGUCAAGCAGCCGGGAUCCCUAACACGCAGUACAUCUAA